UGAAUUAUCAUAGGUUAUGUAUGAUUGGCGCAAGACGGGUUGUCUAAGUUGAUUCAAAACACAAAAUUAUAGUCGAAUUGAUAUGUGUUUUUAUCAAAGUUUUAUCAGUUCAGGUAAUCGUGCACAAUCAUGGAAGACGUGACGAAUGUUUGCGUUACCGAAUACAUUCCAACAAUCUACACUAGAAAAUGCACACUGAAUUACACGCUUAACAACAAGGAAAAAAGUUGCGACCUAUUUGCCGAACGUCCCGGCGUAGUAAUAAUUAUUUACAACAAAACCAGGAACGUUCUGGUGCUGGUCAAGCAAUUUAGACCUUCGUCCUACUUUCAACAGAUACCCGACGAAGAAGUGUUUGACGGUGAGGUGGAUACAAACAAAUACAAGCCCGAAAUUGGAGUAACGUUGGAAUUUUGCGCCGGACUCGAAGAUAAAAACAUCAGUACGGAGGAAAUUGCGAUCGAAGAAAUAUACGAGGAAUGCGGAUACGAUGUGAAAAAGGAUAACCUGGAACGAAUAACGCAGAUUUGCAACUUGUCAACUACCACUGGUGCCAGAUCCACUUUUUAUUAUUGUGAAGUAACAGAUGACAUGAGAGUUUCUGAAGGGGGUGGAGUUGAAGGUGAGAAUGUGGAAGUAGUGGAGAUGAAAGUUGGAGAUGUCAUAAAUUAUGCAAACCAAACUUGUGUACCCAGUCCUGUUUGUUUUCUAUUUGGGUUGCAUUGGUUUCUGUUCAAUAAAUAUAACAAAUGAUUGA